AUGGCCUCCAGGGGUGGAGAAAAUGGGGGAGGGGCUGAGGGGUCUCCGAAGCCCGCAGCCUCCGCCAUGAGGAAGACCCCUAGCGUCGGGAACCAGGAGGACCAGUUGUCCUUAAGCUCCCUGGGGGACCGGUGGUCCUCGGAUUCCUUCAGCUGGUUAAGCAAAAGCGAUGGCAGCGACAGCGAGCACGAUGAGGGCGCUUUAGACCAGCCCUGGCACGACGUCCUCUUGGAAGAUCUCGGCGAGCUCCACAGAGGUGCCCGGUCGGGCGUCGUCCCUGGGGUGGAGCGCGUCCUGGCUCCUGGAGACCCUGGCGUGGACAAGAGGGAUAGGAAGGAGAGCAUUUCGCACCUAAUUCCUGAAUAUAAGACAGAACAGACACCUGAAAGUCUUCCUCAAAAUAACGAUCCAGCUCUUAGACGAAGAAGAUGUCUCUUCCCGUUCUUGGCAGCCGGAAAACAAUGGCAUGCAGCCUUUCCUGCUCCUCCUGCCGCCUCUCCUGUACCAACAGCUUCUCCACCCAAGCCUGGGGAGUCCUGCAUUACAGAAAGCAGCUGCUGGAUCUGCUGUGCAAUGGGGUUGUCAUGGGGAGAACCCUCCCUCUCCUCUCCUGGUGCAGGCUCCACGCUAUCAGUGAGGCUCACCUCACAAAGAUCUUCAGGGAGAGGGAGGGGGGUGGGAAUCUGAGCACAGUGCAAGCCUCCCCUGCUCCUGACUGCCCACCCCACCUGAGGGCUCUACUCACCACCUGGCUUGUCAGCAACACCCCAGCUCAUGUGGGAUUGGGGCUCCCAGAGCAGUACACAGGUAGUGGUCUGGCUGCUGCUGCAGACUCUGAGCCUCUUGGCUCUUCAGCUCCACCUGCAGGAAGACCCUGGGCAUGAGGGCAUGUGGUGGCUGGCUUCCAGAUUCCUGGCCCAUUAAUAGGGCAGCGAGGGCACUGUGGGGCUCUGUGGCCUGCCCAGGCACCUGGCCCCUUGCUCCAGGCCUAAGAGACUGCCUCCCUUGCCUAGAACCCCGUGCCUCUUUCCCCAGCCUCAAAUCUCACGUCCUUUUUCCCAGCACUUAAACUGUAGGCCACAGACUGGUGGAAAAGCAGGGGGGGCCAACCACCAUCUGCUGAGUGUGCUACAUGCCUAAUGUUUCCACAUAUUAUCUCAUUUAAUCAUCAGCACCUCUGCAAGGAAAAGGCUAACUUCCUUUUGAAGUUAAAGAAACAGAGACUUAGAGAUGCAAAGUAGUUGAAUUAUGACCAGUGGAACCGAGGUCAGAAUCAAGUUUGAAUCUAAGGAGUCUUUUUUGUUUUUGUGUUUUGUUUUGUUUUGAGACAGUGUCACUCUGUGUCCCAGGCUGGAGUGCAGUGGUGCAAUCUCAGCUCACUGCAACCUUCACCUCCUGGGCUCAAGUGAUUCUCGUGUCUCAGCCUCCAGAGUAGCUGGGAUUACAGGCAUGCACCACCAGGCCCGGCUAAUUAUUAUUAUUAUUUUUUUAAUUUUAGUAGAGAUGAGCUUUCGCCAUGUUGGCCACGCUGGUCUCAAACUCCUGACCUCAAGUGGUUGUCCUGCUUCGGCCUCCCAAAGUGCUGGGAUUACAGGCGUGAGCCACCACACCCGACAUAAGGAGCCUCUUAUACCACUGUCUCUUCCUCUGUGAUUGGGGGGCUCCAUGCCUCUAGCUGGGAUGAUGAUGUCCAGACCUGGGAGGAGCCCAGGGCUACCCGCCUCUAAAAGUCAGAGGGCAGGAAGCAAGAAACAGUCAUAGGACUGCCCUGGAGGGUGCUGGGGUCACCUGCCCCCAGGCUGCAGCUGCCUCUGGCCUGGCACCUCCCCUCCCCAGAGGCUGGUACCCGCCUCCCAGCCCUUCUUGGUUAGCUCAGAGGUUAGCAUCUCUGUCAGCUCACCUGGCUUCUUCAGCUCCUUUACUUUCUGCUCCAGCUGCUGUAGGGCCUUGUCCUGGACAGAGAGAACCAAUCAGUGGCCACCCACUAAAACUGGAGACCCCAGAACUUGGUGUCUGCCUCCCAUGGCACCGGGAAGGGUGGAGGCAGGUUAGAAAAAUCAUCCCCUCUCUCCCACAGCCAUCAGAGCAGGGCUCUGGCUCACAGGUGCCUUUAGAAGUACCAUUUCAUGUGAAGGCUGCAAUGCCCCAUUUUACAGGUGGGGAAACAAAGGCCUUGAGUGCUAGGGAAGAGGGCAGCCUCCUUAGGUGGGGCAAUGCACCAGCUCCUCCCAGGUGCUGGAUGCCUCGUCCCACUCCUCAUUGAGGGCUUCCCACCCAGGCUCCAGCAUCCUCUCCAGCUCCCGUGGCCUCUCCUGCCCUGGCGGCUUCUCCAGCUGACACAGCCUCUCUUCCUGUUCACGUAGCCUCUCUUGGUUCACGUAGCCUCUCUUCCCAUUCACGUAGCCUUUUUGGUUCACAUAGCCUCUCUUCCCAUUCACGUAGCCUUUUUGGUUCACGUAGCCUCUCUUCCCAUUCACGUAGCCUUUUUGGUUCACGUAGCCUCUCUUCCUGUUCAUGUAGCCUCUCUUUUGGUUCACGUAGCCUCUCUUCCUGUUCACGUAGCCUUUUUUGGUUCACGUAGCCCCUCUUGGUUCCUGUAGCCUGUCUUCUCAUUCACGUAGCCUUUUUGGUUCAUGUAGCCUCUCUUCCCGUUCACGUAGCCUCUCUUCCUGUUCACGUAGCCUCUCUUCCUGUUUACGUAGCCUCUCUUGGUUCACGUAGCCUGUCUUCCCAUUCACGUAGCCUCUCUUUUGGUUCACGUAGCCUCUCUUCCUGUUCACGUAGCCUCUCUUUUGGUUCACGUAGCCUUUUUGGUUCAUGUAGCCUCUCUUCGUGUUCACGUAGCCUCUCUUUUGGUUCACGUAGCCUCUUUUCCUAUUCACGUAGCCUCCCUUCGCGUUCACGUAGCCUCUCUUCCCAUUCACGUAACCUCUCUUCCUGUUUACGUAGCCUCUCUUGGUUCACGUAGCCUCUCUUCCCAUUCACCUAGCCUUUUUGGUUCACGUAGCCUCUCUUCCUGUUCACGUAGCCUGUCUUGGUUCACGUAGCCUCUCUUUUGGUUCACGUAGCCUCUCUUCCCAUUCAUGUAGCCUUUUUGGUUCACGUAGCCUCUCUUCCUGUUCACGUAGCCUGUCUUGGUUCACGUAGCCUCUCUUGGUUCACGUAGCCUCUUCCCAUUCACGUAGCCUUUUUGGUUCACGUAGCCGCUUUUGGUUCACGUAGCCCCUCUUCCUGUUCACGUAGCCUCUCUUGGUUCACGUAGCCUCUCUUCCCAUUCACGUAGCCUCUCUUUUGGUUCACGUAGCCUCUCUUCCUGUUCACGUAGCCUCCAUUUGCAUUCACGUAGCCUCUCUUCCCAUUCACGUAGCCUCUCUUUUGGUUUACGUAGCUUUUCCCAUUCACAUUGCGUCUCCUCCUCUUUGCAUAUAGUGUUCUCCCAUUCACAUAUAUUCUCUUUCCAUUCACAUAUAUUCUCUUUCCAUUCACAUAUACUCUCCUGUCUAUGUAUCCUCUCCUUCAGUGUACAUAUGCACUCCUCCUUUCUCACAUUCAGGGGACUCAACAUCCAGUUUGUUUUCUCCUCGGCCUGCAGCUGUCUUUCCACACUCUCUAGCUCCUUAGGUGGUUGUUCUUGUAGCUGCUCCACCUCAGAGGGCCCUGCUGGAGGCUCUGGGGCCAGGGGUUCAACUGAGAAAGGAAGCAGACAAUAAGGGCCUCUGGAUUCCCAAAAAAAAAAAAAAAAAAAAAAAUCCUCCCUUUGGUGCAAAGCUUCUCUCAGGCUUCCCAAACUUGGCCUCACUGCUAAUGAUUCCUCGCACCCGGAUGGUAGCCAAUCUUCCAAGUCACUUUCAGAUAGCACUGUGGGUGGCUGACAACGGGCACUCCUCCCUCUUUACUGAUGGGGACACUGAGGCUCAUGGAGAUGACAAGACUUGCCGUCUCCUGGCACAGACCUCUUUCCCUCUGCCUCAAAGCCCUUCCGUCCACCCACCUCCCUGGGGCAUUCUAAGUCACCCCCACAGACCUCUGAUGCCAGUCCUGCUCCCAGGUCCUGCCAGCCCCAUCUUACUCGUCUGGUGUUUUAACUUGAAAAAGCUCCUCCUGAGCUUCUGUAACCAGUGCUUCUCCUUCGACAUGCGAGGAGCCUGCCCAAAGCACGGGGGAAAGGGCCCUGGAGAGGGGCUGGUGAACCUCUAGAGACAGACUUUGAGAAAGGCCCACCCCUCUUCUGCCAGCUUGUGAUUUAGAAAGGUGCAUUCAUUCAAGAAACAUUUACUGAGUACGUACAGGCCAGGUUCAGUUCUUCAUAGCAGAGAUAUAAGACAGCAAAGGACAGACGGGAGCCCUUGGCCCUGAGGUUUCCAUUCUAGGGGCCUUUAAAUCUCAGACUUUCAGAGCUAACAGAGACCUUUGAUACUCUCUACCUCCUCCAGAAACACGAGCCUAAGGAGGAGAGAGGGCUUGUCCAGACUCAAAAAGCAAAUUAGGGACUGAGGCAGGGCAGAAAUUCCGGCCCCUGACAACCAGUCAGGCUAGUGCUUCCCUGAGAGGCAACAACUCCAGGGCAUGUGUGGCAAGGACUAGAGCAGGGGUGUCUGGAGAAGAGACAGUCAGCAAAGAGGGCAGUGCAGAAGAGCCAUGCUGCAUGUUCUGUGCUCUGGGGUCCCUCCAGGUGAGACCUGGGUACCCCAGCUCCCCAUUUGCCCUUGGCAUCAGGGGCCCCUAGCCCCUUUCUUCAGGGACCCAAGGGGAAACUGGAGUCCAGGAUUGACAGGCUGGAAUCAGGGGACCCCACUGGACUCUUCCCAGUGAAUUGAUGUUUUCGCUGAGUUGGCCGAUUAUUGUGGAGCUUGAAUCCAGGGCUGCCUCUAGUUGGUACUGGCUCUGAGGUGCAUGCAGAGAGGAGGAGUUGGAGGAAGAUUUUGGGGAGGGGUAGAGAGAACAAUCAUUGGGCUGGGGGGGUGUGGGCUGUCUCAGCUGGCAGAGGGGCAACAAGCCCCUGCUGUGGGAGGAGGUUGGAGGGCUGGCCUGCAGGGUCACUGCACCUCAGCCCAGGGCCUCUUACCUCCAGAUCCUUCAAGGUAGAUGACGCAGGGCCCUCCCUGUAGACACCUGUUGCUGACUGCCAGAGAUGAGAGUGCACAUGGAGAUGUUCUGUCCCCCCUCACUUUCUAAGCCCUCUGACUUCCUUUCUUCCACAUCAACUGGCAAAAGCUGCUUUUCUGCCUAUCUUGGACCCUUUGUCCCAUAACUCCUUUUGUGCCAACUUCUCUCAUGGUUAUCUCCCCACCCUCCCACUGUGGGGCCCUUUCAGUGACUCCUAAAGGGACGGCCUGAUGGCAAGUGGCUCUUCUCAUUGGCCUGGUUUCCCCUUGAGACUGGGGAUGAGGAAAAUCAAACAGCGAUGACCAUUUCCUGGAUGUCCUGGGUGUUUGCAGCAGGCCAUGUACUAAGGAUGCACAUAAAAGCAACAAGAAUGAAUUUCAUUUAAACUUCACAAAUGGAAGUCACAAAAUACCACCUCUAUUAUACAGAUGGGAAAAGAGAGGCCCAAAGACCUCAAGCAACUUGCCCUAAAUCAUAUCCUAAUCAAUCCCUAGCAGACGGAGAGGCAGGAUUCAAACCCAGGAUUCUUAACCAGUACCCAACACUCCAUCCACAAUCUUAACAAUUAGCCUCCUGCACCUUGGGCCCCCUGUCCCCAGGAGCCUGGCCAGCCAAGACUCACAUCCAAGCUGCUGUGUGUAUUUUCUUGUUGGUUUGUAUGUGGAUGUGUUUUCACACCAGUUGGGUAGAUGUGUAGGGGCACGGUUGCUGCAUACUAUGUGAUGCUGCAGUUUCCUUUGCAAUAACAUGCCAUGCUGUCUUGUAAAGUGGCUAUGCCAUUAUGCAGCCUCCCCAGUAAUGAAGGAGAGUUCCUGUUCUGUAUUCUCACCAAAGAUUGGUAGUGCUGGCUUUUGCUUGUUUAUGUAACUGUCCUAAUCGAUGUAUAGGCUAUCUCAUUGCUGUUUCAAUUUGCUUUCCUCAGAGUACAGUGCAUUACUUUUUUCUCCUAAUUCCCUAGUGUUCACCAUGUCUUUAUACUUAUUUUCCAUCAGAAUAUCUACUAUUGGGAGGUAUUGCUACAUAUAUUUGUCCAUUUAUUAAAUGUAGUUUAUGUUCUUA